AUGUUAUUUUUCUGGGUUGUAGCAUUUUCUUAUCCUUCUGAGGCUGUUGGGCUUUCUAUUUUAAGCAUUUUGCUCAACUUCACCAAUGUGAAGCAUCAUUUGAUUAGUCACGUUCUGAAUACUGUUGUCUAUGAGUUUAUGUUUUACACAAAGUGUAAAUUUUUGUCAUAAAUGUCGAUGAAGGAGGAUUUAAGCAUACACUCACUCUCUUUGUUUUUACUGAGUUUAUGUAGUGACUUGGUGUUUUGGGAUCUGGCAUUGGAUACGUAGCUGGGCUUGAAAUUCAUUCAAUAUAGUUGGGAAGAUCUACGAAGUAAAAAAAAUCAAAGUGGUAAAAUCUUAAUUUGUUUACAUGUUUACAUGGCCAAGGCGCAAGAUACAGACUUGGACAGUUUUGAGGAAAAUUUAAUCCAUUGUGAUACAAGUAAGAUAUCCAGUCACAAUGAAUGCAAAAAUAGUUCCUGCAUCGCUUCUCACAAAAAAACAUGAAGAUGAUAAACGGAGAUUGGAGUUGCAACUCAGCACAAUGAAGCAACUCAGCAGACAAAACUCAGCGAUGUUGUUGCAACUCAGCCGUGAAAAUCGGAUAUUGAAAGAAAAAUUAGAAAAAUAUGAGGAAAAAGAUCGAAAUGUGCCCGACAAAUGUGUUCAAGUCAAAGAGCGGCCAGAGGGGCAAGAAACAUUACAACAGCAAGCACUAAAAGAAAUUGGAGAACUACAAGAUCCAACAGUCAGUGGAAUGAAUGGUGAAGAAUCUUACGUAGAUGAUUCUGCUGUUUCAAAGUAUGAGAAUGCUAAAUCUUUAACUAAAGAAGGAGUCAACGGUUUGGACACAAGUUCAAACGCAAACCAGAUAAAGGCUUUGCAAGAAAAUGGGCGUGAGAACUCCAACGAAAAGCCGCAAAAGGAGACCGCAGGAGAAAGCUCUACUAAUGAACACGAUGGACCAAGCGACAAAGUCAGUGGGUUGAAUGGUGAAGAAUCUUACGUAGAUGAUUCUGCUGUUUCAAAGUAUGAGAAUGCUAAAUCUUUAACUAAAGAAGGAGUCAACGGUUUGGACAAAAGUUCAAACGCAAACCAGAUAAAGGCUUUGCAAGAAAAUGGGCGUGAGAACUCCAACGAAAAGCCGCAAAUAGAGAUUGCAAGAGAAAGCUCUACCAAUGAACACGUUGGACGAAGCGAGAAACAGGAAAACAUGGGUAUUAACUCGAUGUAUGGGCUUGCAAACAAAGCAAGUGUAAGCGAAAAGCUCUCCUCCAGUAAGGAAUGUUUGAAUGAACAAGCAGAGCACAAACAUUACAAAAUAAAUGCAAAUAAGGCGGUUGAGCCGAUGACAUCUAAGAAACUACUCGAUAGAAGCGUUGAGGAGUUCCCUGAGGCAAGCUUAAAUUGUUCAACAGAUAAAGACAACAGUUUUAGUAAGUUCACUUCCAGCCCUACUGACACAACGUCAUCGAAGACACACAAGCUGAAAGACGCGCACAAAAAUUCGACAGAAGGGCCUGCGCACGAAACAGUUUUCAAAGAUAAGAACAGAAAGAGUUCCUUAUUUUCGGAAACUUUUUUUGGAACAAUUGGGAAAAACAACAGGUCAUCAAGAUCGACUUUUUCAAAGUCUUUUUUUGCAACUUUGCCCCAUGCGGCGUCGUUGCUUUUCGUUUGAUGUUGCUCUUGGAAGGAAAAAAUUUGUGUCCUGAAAUGGUGCCACGGAAAUUGGAACAGAUUUUGGAUGGAGAAACUGUUGACGAUGAAAUAACAUUCAUAAAUGAAAAAAUAAACGGUUAUUCUUAUGAUAAAAAAGAAGACUUUAUAGCAAUUAAGAACACAGCAAACAAUGGUAUGAUAAUGAUUCAAGGAGCUUUGGAAAGAUUGGACAUGGUGCGAUGUCCACAUGUGCUAAGUACUCUAGAAAAAAAAGGGUACUUAAGCAGGGAAGUCAUCAAAGAUUGUACAGAGAAGAGUGCGAAAAAGAAGUUCAAAAAAUCGAAACGUAAAUGCGGUAUUCUCUGUUAUACGACAAAUAAAGAGAGUCAUGCUGUCAACAUGGUAUUGUCAGGUAAAGAGGUUCACCUUAUCGACCUACAGCAACGUACCCUAGAGCCCAUCAGUACUGAGGGCAAUAUUCUAGAGUUAUAUAUAUACGUAUUAAAGAAAAGGAAAAAGGAUGGAAAAUAUGUCAUCACUAUCGAUUGGGAAGAUAUCUCUUCGAAAAUAUGUGACGAGAAGUAUAAAGACAGUCAUCGCGAAAAUUUCAAUAGAUGCGUUUGUACAAACUUAAAUGAAUAGGCGAACAAUGGCGAACAAUACCGUUCUGUGUGUUCGUAUGAUAACUACAAAAUAACUCAGCCAAUUCGACCAGUUGGCUUAGCAUGCGAUCGCAAAUCAUCAAUUAUAUUUUAUUCAUAUGAACAUAAACACAAAGAAACCUCUACUUGUAUUUAUUCUCAUUGAAAACUUGUAUUUAGUCUCGUUGAAAUUUUGUAUUUAGUAUAGUUAAAAGCUCAUAUUUAGUCAAGUUGAAAGCUCGUAUUUAGUCUAGUUGGAAACUCGUAUUGAGUCUAGUUGAAUCUUUGUAUUUAGUCUAGUUGAAAACUUGUAUUUAGUCUAGUUGAAAA